AUGUCCCUGGUCAAUAAUCAAGGGUACUACUCGGAUUCCGACAACCAAUCACUCCAACACAACCCUUCGAUUCAGUCUCAGCGCGGAGAUGCAGCUACAGAAAUCAAGGCUAUAUUCCAGAACUUCUUGACCCGUCUGCAAUACCGCGCUCCCAAUACUGCCCCCAAUGCACGCCUCAGGGCGGAUGUUGCUACCGAGAUCAUCUCAUGGAAGGCUGGCCUCAGCUCGAAGUUCAUCGACGGCCUGACGGACACCGCCUGCGCCAUAGCGGAGACCGCGCUCUCUCACACCGGUUAUGCCCACCAACGACUCGUAUCUCUCUACACCGCUUACAUCAUAUACAUCGACGACCUCGGUGGCCGCGACCUCGAGACCCUUGGGCGGUUUGGCCAACGGGUUGCUGCGCACGAGAGCCAAGGAGACCCGGUCCUCGAACGCCUGGCUCACCAAUUCGGCGACAUGUACGCGAUGUACCCGCAGGUCGGCGCCGACUGCAUCAACGCGGCGACUCUAGCUGGCGUGGCCGGUACUCACAUCGAGUACAGUACUGAACAUAUGGCCGUCGCCCGCGGUGCUCUCAGGUACCCAGCGUUCCUUCGGGGCAUGACGGGGUACUCCACGGCGUUUGCAUUCUUUAACUUCGUGCAAGGCUGGAGAGACCCUGAAGACAGGUUUUACUUGCAAGUUGUGCCAGAACUUGCGUUCUGCACUGACCAUAUCAAGUACGUCGUUUAA